CGGAAGCAACAGCAAUGGAGAAGAAGCGCCGGCUCGUCGCCGGCGACGGCGACGGCGAAGGCGAAGGGGAAGGCGGCGAAGCCUCCGCCAGCGCUGUGUUCGGCCUGGUCGAGAGGCUCCCGGAGGCGCUCCUCGUGGAGGUGGUCGGCAGGCUGGAGCUGGAGGCCGCAUGCUCGGUCGCCGCGUCCUGCCGCGCCCUCCGGGGCGCCGCCGCCGCCGCCUUCUCCGCCGUCACAUCCCUCGACCUAUCGAUGUUCCCGCCGACGAAUCCUAUCCUGAAUAGGAUCCUUGCGAGCAAUGGCGCGCUCCGCAGCCUCGCCGUCAAUUGCAGCCUCCUGGAUGACUCCGCGGUCGCGGCCAUCGCGAAGGGAAGCCUGCGUGAGCUCUCGCUGCUCAAGUGCUCGUCUUUCUCCUCGUACCUCUUUGUGGCCGUCGGUGAGAGAUGCAAAAAUUUAAGAUCAUUUGUGUUGGAGAUGGCAGCUUCAGAUGAUGAUGAACAUUUUGGGAUCUGCCGUAAGUCCAUAGCACACAUCGUCAGAGGAUGUGGUUACCUGGAGAAUCUUUCGCUCAAGUUCUUUCCUCUGCUAGGUCCAGGCUCAGUUGAUUUUGAGUCAUUGGUGCCCAUUCCUAGUACCAUCAAGGUACUCCUGCUACAGCCUGUGUCAAAUUGGCAGGUUAAGAGGUUGUUCCCUAUAAGCACAAGCCUGAAUACACCCGUCAGCAACACUCUAGAAUCACUCUCUUUAGUUCUUGACAUAAUAACGGAUGAACUUGUUGCGUUCAUCACUGGAAGUCUCCAUAACCUAGUUGAGUUGUGCCUAGAAGAUAACCCAAUCAACGAACCAGAUUUGCACAAUGACCUGACCAACAUCGGGCUCCAAGCCCUUGGGUUAUGCCACAACUUGACACAUUUGUCUCUGACACGUGGUAAGCAGAAUUGUUCCUCCACCUUCAGAAGAGUAACCGACUUUGGGAUAUUGAUGCUCGCUGAAGGAUGCAAACAACUAAAAACCAUUAGACUUGCCGGGUUUUCUAAAGUGAGGGAUGCUGGGUAUGCAGCCCUUCUUCAGUCUUGCAAGGACCUGAAGAAAUUUGAGGUCAGUACUGGAUGCUUGUCAGAUUUGACAUGCCUUGAUCUUGACGAGGCAGCUCCAAAGAUUACUGAAGUGAGGCUGCUGUGCUGUUGUCUAUUAACCAGCGAAACAGCCAUCUCACUCUCAUCCUGCACCAAUUUGGAAGUUCUAGACCUAUCAGGUUGCAGGAGCAUUGCAGACUCUGGCUUGGUUUCUAUCUCUCAGCUUUCGAAGUUAACACUAUUGGAUCUUGCUGGAGCUGACAUCACCGAUGCGGGAUUAUCUGCGCUCGGUAACGGGAGGUGCCCAAUGUCUUCUUUAUGUUUGAGAGGUUGCAAAAGGAUCAGCAACAACGGCAUAGCUUCAUUGUUGUGUGGGAGUGGCACAAUCAACAAAACUUUAGUCUCACUGGACAUCGGGAAUAUACCAAGAAUAUCAAACAGAUCGGUCACACUAAUCGCCAAGAACUGUGAGCAGAUCAGCACCCUGUGCCUUCGGAACUGCCUACUCAUCAACGAUUCUUCUCUUGAAACUCUAGGCUCUAUGCGCCACAACUCUGGUAAAAGUUCCCUAAAAAUGCUGGAUCUCUCCUAUUGUUCAAGGUUGUCUCGUAGUUUCCUGGGGCUAUUUGAGCCCCCAUUCUUUCGGGGCCUAAGGUGGCUUGGUGUUGGGAAGAACAUGCUGGAGCGCCGUGGCUGCAGUCCUACUGUCGCAGAGCUUCUGGAGCGCAAGCCUGGAUUAACAGUCUGUGGCAAUGCCUGCGAGAUGGGCUGCAGGAACCAGUGCCAUCCUGACAUUCGGAGCCAAUAAACAAAAUUGUGAUGUACAUUCGGGUUUGAUGUUGUAAUUCUUAUAAUCCGAUUCUGUAACAUUAUUAGAACAUUUAUUGCAUUUGUAGGUUGUAACAAGGAACAAUACUCAGGAUUGGCUGGUUGCUUUUGUCCAGUAAUAAAGUAGGACUAAUGAAUUGGUAUUGGAAAUUUGUUGGUUUUCAUCGUCUCUGUUAAGUAGUUUGGGACUCUGCCAAGUCUUAACCUGUUUGGGGAGCUUUUAAGAUUACAAGAAACAGCUAAUUAGAAACCAGCAUAUU